UGCUCUCAAUACACAACCAGGAGGAAGAUACACACCAUCCCUCUAAUAUAUUACACUGAUUUUUGCCUUCAGUUCGGUCCUUUGGUAUAUUUCAAACACUGACCAUGGCCAAGUUGCUUUCCGGUCCCCCUGUCUUUACUCAUCCUGAGUGGACCCACUCAAACAAGACAAAUUACAAAAAUGCCGAACUUGAACGUGCUGCGGCUGAGAGGUUGAUGGCAGAGUCGCAACGGCGGUGUGAUGAAACCGCUGGUACAACAGACAAGACUCAGAAGGAUGUGAACAAAAAACUUGAACAAAGAAUAGACGACAUUAAAUUUUGGAAACAGGAGUUAGAUGAUAAACUAGAUGACAUCACAACAGAAACGGACAAUCUGUUAGCAUACAAAGUCAGACUAGAAAAAGCGCUUGAAGCUUGCCUGGAACCUCUACAUAUUGCACAGGAGUGCUUACGAAACAGGAUCAACAGAAAAGAUAUAGAUCUGGUCCAUGAUGAUGUCCAGAAAGAACUCUUGAAGGAGGUUGAGACGAUCCAGGGAGUCAUGGCCCUGCUCCAGAAAACUUUAGAACAAACCGAUGAACAGAUAAGGUUGAACAGAAAGGCCAAGUACAAACUUGACAAAGAUCUCAAGGACAAGGGCUCAGCUUUAGACAUCGACGCAUACUGUGAAGAACUGAGGAAUAACUCGGCUGGACUUCACUUCAAAGAUGGUGUGGCCAAAAUAGAUGCAAAUUCCGUGACUCCACCAGACUGGGAAGAUUUUUCCGAUGAAAACAUCCUCAACGCUGAACGCGAAAAAUGCAACUCAAUCAACCUCCGCUCCCUGAUUGAUGGAAUCCUCCAAUCAACUGCCAAUGACAUGAAGAAACAGUGCGAGGUUGUCAACACAGCAUUCAACUGCAGAAUCGAUGAGACCAGGGACACCAAGGGAAAGCUUCAGGACCAUCUUGCCAAGGUGUUUGCCGAUAUCAAAAACAUGGAAGAAAACAUCGCUGUCCUUGAGAAGAACAUCGCCGACAAGGAAGCACCAAUGAAGCUUGCCCAGACUCGUCUUGACAUCAGACAAGGUCGACCAAAUGUUGAGUUGUGUCGCGAUGCUGUCCAAUACCGUCUUAUCGAAGAGGUACAUCAGAUCAAUGCCUCAGUGGAAUCACUUAGGGAUGCACUUGUUAAGUCGAAUGCUUCUUUGAAAGGACUUGUUAGGCGACAGCUGGAACUCGAGGAAGAUAUUCAGAUUAAAUCAAACACAUUGAUGAUUGAUGAUGUCCAAUGCAUGGGAAUGAGAAAAAGCAUAAGCAUCGAGAAAUUUUAACUUUUGUUCUGAAGUUAAAAGCAUGUUAAUAAAAUUGUCCAUCCAUCCUGUUGUAAAAGUGUAUUGUAUUGUGGCGAGGCUUUUGAUGAACUGACUGAUGAUACCGACAGCUUGCCAACUGCACCAUUGAAGCUACUCAGUAUGAUCAGUAGUCUACUGAUGUAGACUGCAAGAAGUGUUAAAAUUUGACUGAAAAUCAUUUGAAAUUCUGGACUCAGUCAGCCUUUGAAACUGUUCCGUUUUCAAGUUUCAUUACUGAAUACUUUCAAUAUCAUGUUUUUCACAUCAAUAUCAACCAAAGCACACAAGCUGUGAUGAUCAUGACAAACAUUUGAGUUAUUUCCUCUCCAUCAAAUACUUUCUGUUUUGAUCAUACAAGUACUUGAAACCCUCCAUUAUCUUAUGCAACAUACAAACCCAUGGUUUUCCGUUGUUCAGGAUAGUUACGAAAGUUUUUGUGCGCAAUGUGUAGUACUUAUUUCAACUGUGUACAAUGUUUUUUCAUGUUUCAUGUUACUGGAUCUAUCAUGAUCUCAACCCUCACAGGCCUUAUGAAUACAUUCUUUGAUUUAUGUUCAUGAGCAGUGCACAUGUAAAGAUGAAUAUACCAAUGUUUAUAUUGUAUAUUUGAAUAUCAAAAUGUUCCUGUAAAUAAGUAGCUUCACUUAGACGAGUUUAAUAAAAACAACUUGAAAACUGAUACAAG